AUGCUAAGUAUAAAUGAUCUUAGUCGUGGGUUUAUUCAGAAUAUAUGUGAAACCAAAAAUGCGGAAGAAAGACCUGUAAUCCAAGUAUUAGAGGCGAGGCCGUUGGUCAACAGUCAAGCCGAAUCAGCUUCAGAAGCUCAGUACUUUCGAUUUCGGAUAUCUGAUGGAAUAUUUAGUUACAAUUCCUGUCUUAAUCAAGCUAAUAUAACGGAAAAAAUUAAGCAGGACAAACUUGAUCGUGGUAAUCCAAUUUUACGCAUAGAAUACACAGUAAAAAUAGCUCAGAAACCUUUGAUUAGAAUUAUGGAUUACGAAAUUUUGGGUCAAGAUUUACCGGUUUUCGGAAAUCCAGUUCAUCAUUCGGGAAAUGCUAAGGAUUAUCAGGGUUUAAGCUCUAUAAAUUUGCAUACUAAUCAUUCUCCGCGUCAAUCACCUCAAAAAGGUGUCAAAACCUCAGGGCAGAAUCUUCCGUCUGUUCGUUGCACAGGGCUUUCUCGUCCAUUGACAAGUUUGGUGGGGCAAAACAUAACGCCAAUUAAAUUAAUCACGCCAUAUGUUAACAAAUGGAGGAUUUGUGGUGUAGUAACAGCAAAGGAAGAUUUACGUAAUAUAAGAACAGCUCGCAGAGACAUGAAAGUAUUUAAUUUCGAAUUAACUGAUGAGGAAGGAGCAUGUAUACGCAUUGCUGCAUUUGACGAUAUGGCGGAGAAAUUUUAUUCGAUUAUUCAGAAAGGAUCGAUGUUUUACGUAUCAAAUGGUACAGUUAAACAAGCGAAUAAGCGUUUCAAUACCACUGGUCAUGAUUAUGAAAUUACCGUAAGGAACGAUUCUGAGGUUUCGCCAUGUUUGGAUCGUCAAAAAAUUGAGCAACCAAAGCUUUCACUCAAUGUUGUUCUUUUGUGCAAUGUAGCUAAUCAUGUGGGGGAGCCAAUUGAUAUAAUCGCUAUUGUGGAGAAAGUCAACGAUAUCAUGCAGGUGACAGCACGAAGUACAGGGAUGCAACUGGAAAAACGUGAUAUAAUAUUGAUUGAUACGUCUGAAACGGAGAUUACUUUAACAUUUUGGGGUGAACAAGCUCGAACCUAUGAUAAGGAGAUUGAGGGUCAAACCAUUGGGAUCAAAGGAGCGUUUGUGAAGGACUUCAAUGGAAGUUUGAGUUUAAGUACUGGAAAUUCAAGUCGAAUAGAACUAAAUAUGAAUUGUUCAGAAACUGUAAACUUAUAUAGAUGGUACCGGGAAACAAGACCAACUCUUCAGGUCCGUAACCUGACAACGACUGGAUUCAGUUCUGAUAGUUAUUGUAAUUUUUUUAUUGAACUGCGAAACGCCUUAUUUUUUGGCAUUAUUGUUGCAGCGCGAGAUUUGCGAAUUAUUUGUCUAUCAGAAAUUGGUGCUUUGGGACGAAAUUCAGAGAAGGGGGCGUUUUUCAACAUCACAGCCAUGAUCUCCUCUUUAAAAGCUGAUGGCGCUUUAUAUAAGAGUUGUGGUACAAAUGGAUGCAAGAAGAAAGUUAUCGAGCUCAACAAUCAGUAUCGGUGUGAGAAAUGUGAUGUUACUUUGGAUAGAUAUAAAUAUGUCCUGCUUAUGACGAUAGAAAUAUCAGACUUCUCCGGCUCUCACUGGGUUACUGUUUUCGAAGAUAAAGCCGUUAAACUUUUGAAAAAAGAUCCAGAGCAGUUGGGACAGUUGCUAGAUAAUGAUUUGCUAGAUGAAUAUAAUGAGGUGUUCAAUGCUGUGCGAUUUCGGGAAUACACAUUCCGCAUUCGGGCAAAAUCCGAGUUUUACAAUGAUGAAGAGAAAAUUAAAUGGAGCGUUUUUGAUAUUAACGAAGUGAACCACGAUAAAUAUAUUGAUGAACUGACGAAAGCUGUUAGUAAAUUGGAAGCACUGUAA